AUGGAUAUCCUCAAGGUUCUAUCGCGUGGAACCAAAAAGACCCGAAAGGGUUCCCAAAAUGCCAGCAACGCUCAGCAGAAGCUUCCCUCUGCUGGCACCACCACGAACCCCCAGCUGUACCACGAUCAAGUCCGCGGCCAGAAGCGAAAGCGAACAAAGAAUGAACCCGAGCCCGAAGUUCAAUCAGAGCUGCCCGAAGUUGACUUCUUUGCGCCCAAGCCUGAGCCUGUCGCUAAAGAAGCUGUCGAGACGGAGGAACCUGUCCAGGCGCCCAAACCUACACGAUCAUCCCAGACAUUGAGCGAGGACGAGUGUCGCCAGCUUUUGCGAUCGCAUCGACUUAAGAUUACUCUACUUUCAAAGCCCGAGGAUCAGUCCAAGGUUAAGAAGAGCAAGAAAAAGAAGAAGACGGCCGUCGAGGUUAAGAAGGAUAGCAAGAAACAACUCUUCCCACAGCCCUUGGAUUCUUUCGGCGAGCUUCGACAAGCCUAUGGCCUUUCGGACAAGGUUGCCGAUAACCUGGUCUUCCAAGGAUACCGUGUCCCUACUGAAGUUCAAAUGGGUAGUUUGCCUCUUUUGGUUCACCCCCAAGCUGCCUUGAAGGAUGAGGAUGGACUGGAUGGAGGUGUCGACUUUCUGGCCAUCGCCCCUACAGGAAGUGGAAAGACGAUCAGUUUCUUGAUUCCCGCCAUCAACAACAUCCUGCGCAGGCGUUCUGAAGAAAAGACUGGCGAUAUUCACGAACUCGAGGCCAUCGUUGUUGCGCCAACCCGAGAACUGGUGCACCAGAUUGUUAGCGAGGGACAAAAGUUGGCUAAAGGCACUGGCCUCAGGGUUGUCUCGAUGAAGAAGCAAACACAACUAUCAGCUGAGCAAGUGGACAUGGCAGAAGACAGUUCAGAAGACGAGGAUAAAGAGUCUGACUCCGAGGAUGAUGACAAGAAACCUUCCGACGACAAGCCCAAGCAGAUCACCAAGGCCGAUAUCCUGGUCACUACACCCUUCCUCCUACUCAAGUUCCUCACAUCUGGACCACCAGGCACACAAAAAGUUUUGCCUACUGUUCGAGAUCUGAUAUUGGAUGAGGCAGAUGUUCUGCUUGAUCCCCUUUUCCGAGAUGCUACAAUGGCUGAUUGGACAGCAUGCACAAACAACAACCUUCGAGUAUCAUUCUGGUCCGCUACCAUGGGUUCAAACAUCGAGGUCAUGGUCACAGAGAAGUUGACUUCAAGAGCAGAGUCAUUGGCUAUCACACCGAAGCCCUUUGUCCGGUUAGUUGUUGGUCUCAAGGAUACAGCUGUGCCAAACAUUGCUCACAAGCUCAUCUACACUGCAUCCGAGCAGGGUAAACUGCUCGCCCUGCGACAACUUCUACAUCCUACAGGCGCCGUCGAUUCGGGUCCUCCACUACGACCUCCUUUCCUGGUGUUCACUCAGACUAUUGACAGAGCGACUGCUUUGCAUGAAGAGUUGCAGUAUGAUAUUCCUCUCGAGGCUGGUGGUGCAGCAAGAAUCGCUGCUCUCCACAGUGGCCUUACUGAUUCUGCUCGUUCAGCCAUCAUGCGCAAGUUCCGCGCUGGUGACAUCUGGGUCUUGAUCACAACAGAUGUUCUUGCUCGAGGUGUGGACUUUGCCGGUGUCAACGGUGUUGUCAACUACGAUGUGCCCGGAUCCAGCGCUGGCUACGUCCACCGUGCUGGACGAACAGGUCGCGCUGGUCGUGAAGGUGGCGUUGCAGUCACUUUCUACACCAAGGAAGACAUUCCUUUCGUCAAGAUGGUUGCCAACGUGAUCGCUGCCAGCGAGAAGCAGGCUGGAAAGACAGGAGACGAGGCUGGUAUUCAAAAGUGGCUGCUCGACGCCCUGCCAAACGUUGGCAAGGCAGACCGCAAAAAGCUCAAGGAGAGGGGUGUUGAAGCCCGACGAAGUGGCACCAAGGCCAAGAUUACAUCCAAGAGUGGUUAUGAGAGACGCAAGGAGAACAACCGUCGCGGCGCUAUUGAAGGAAGCAAGAAGAGAAAAUUGCAAGCGAACGAUGACAGUGGUGAUGACGGAGAAUGGGGCGGUUUCGACGAUUAG